GGCUGCAUUGACCCCGACUGGGCUUGUAACCCUGGCCGCUUUCACCCCGAUGACCCGGAAGCUGUGUUCGGCGUCCCGUCGCCAUGGUAAACCGGUAGCGCACUGCUCAGUGCGAUCCAGGCCAGGUGGUUUCACGGAUAUCAGCGCGUCUCCCGGUGCCGGAGAGGGAGCGCCGCGCUCGGUCCUCUUGCGGAUUUAUGAAGUUAUCUCACCUUACUUCCUCAACAUGUCACGAGUUGCUCCCUUCAGAAGAGCUGUAACUGAUUUAGUUCAUAGGAAUCAAGAUCAUGCACUCAAUACAACGAUAUAUAUUUUGAGAGAGUUAGGUCCUGUUGGAUUUCUUCUUAAAGAAGAAGGCAUAGCUAAAUGUUUUAAGGUAAAUAUAGGAAAUCCACACAAUUGCAGCUGUUCCACAUUUCUCAAAGAAAAUGAUCUCUGCAAACACAUCUGCUGGGUUUUGUUAAAGAAAUUCAGGCUACCACGUGAUCAUGAAUGUGCCUUCCAACUUGGCCUUGUGGACCGAGAAAUUGAAAUAUUACUGCAUAAUCUUCACAUAGAUGAAACAGUACAGUUUCCCACUAGAAAUUCUAACGUAAAGCAGAAUGUUGAAGGAGCCAUUGGAGUUGUGCUUCAGAAGGAAAUUUAUCCUGAGGAUAUCUGCCCUAUUUGUCAGGAAGAGCUAUUGAAAAGGAAACAGCCUGUGACAUAUUGCAGAUAUACCUGUGGUAACAGUGUCCAUAUCAAAUGCAUGAGGAUUUGGGUAGAACACCAAACAAAGAUUGAGAAUGCAGCCACUAUUAAAUGUCCUUUGUGCAGGGAGGAAUUUGCACCUUUGAGUCUCCUUCAGGAAGAAUUUAGAAACUCCACUAAAUUUGCCACAGCUGCGGAAAGAGAAAGACUUGACAGACACCUUGGAAUUCCUUGUAAUAAAUGUGGGAUUUGUCCAAUUCAGGGCAAAUGCUACAGAUGUUUGAGCUGUCCUGAUUUUCAUCUUUGUCAGGAGUGUUUUCCAUGUUUGAGCCACCCUCAGCACGAGUUCACCUUUCGUGAGAAGAGAAAUCAGUGUUGGAGACCACUACAGCAAGUUUCCAGUGUGCCUUUACCACUAGCAGUUAUUGAUGAUCUGAUGAAUAGAGAUAUUGUUGCCAGUGAUUAUGAUCUACUUUUGCAGUUAGACAGAAAUAAAUCUAGCACUGUGCCUGGACAUGUUGUACAGACUUUACCUCUGAUAAUGGUGAAAGAGCAAAGCAAAUUACUUGUGCCUGGUCAGCAGUGCAGAGUCUGUCUAAAGGCAUUCAGAUUAAGGCAGGAAGUUCGAUGUCUACCUUGUCAUCACAAGUUUCAUAAAGAAUGCAUUGACCAUUGGUUAUUGCAUCAGAGCAACUCUUGUCCAAUUGAUGGUCAAGUAAUUUAUAAUCCAUUAACUUGGAACAAAGGACCAAAAAGAAGCAAAAAGAAAGAUUCAACUACCAUUUUGGAUAACUCCAAGCCUCUGGCCCAGGUUGAUCAACCUCAGCUUCUCAUUCCAGUAAUUGGUUAUAGGUCUUCACUGAAAAAAACAGGCAGCAAUCAAGCCGAUGGCCAGCAGAGAAAAGAUCACUCUAAAAGAGGAAAUUGGACUCAGAAUGCAGUAGACCACACGGAGGAUUUCACUGUGAAUGGUUUGAGUUACCUUCAUUUAAAAGAUGCAAAAGAUGAAACAAAUUUUGCUGCUGGACCUUCAGUACCUGCACGAAAUCCUCAGGAACCUUUUUUUCCAAGUAUUUUACCUGAUGUACUCGAUGCAAGAAAUAAAAAUCAUUCAAUUCAAGCUGCAGUGCAAUCAAAAAAUGCCAGCAGUAGUCAAAUAAAGAAGAGGGAGAUAGGCAUUAGUAGGACUCAUAGUAUUGGUCCUAGAAGUGCUCCUUUACUGUAUCUAAACAACAGUGACAAGUCAGACUCAACAGAAUUACCAUCACCGGAGAAGAUUUUACACUUGAAAGUUUGUCCCCUUGAAAGCAGCUACAUGCAGAGGAUGCACAGCAGUGGCUUUAAAGGAGACAUCAGAAAACAAGGCAGAGUCCUGUCGAGAAAAGCCAGGUGUCCUUCUGUGAGUUCAGCAGCUGACAAUGUGAUUCUGGCUAUGGAGGGAAUCUCAGUGAACACCAGGCUAUAAAUCCCUUCAUUCAUUUCAAGUGCAGAUGUAUUAACAGUUAUAAAAGUAUUAGGAAAAUGAUCUAGAUCACCAAAUUGCCAGUAAUUGCAUUAAAUUGAUCAAAUUGCAGGCAGUUUUAAAUAUUCACUGAAUAAUGUGAAACUUGUGUGAAUGUAACCUAGGUUAUACAGAUCUUUGACAUUUAUCUCAAUAGGGUAUUUUAAAUUAUGGUCUUUACAAAGCCUGCUUGUCCACAGAUGAUGGUCAAUUACAAAUCUAAUGAAUAUCAGUGUUUAAAUAAAUGCAGAUUUUGCAGUUCAUCCCUAAUUUUUAUUGUUUAGGAAUUUUCUUCCUUGUUAUGGGUGGGAAUAUAACUUGAUUGGCUUUCUUUUACCUGUGUUCAACUGAUUCAAUGUAACUCAUUCCAAGGUUUCAAGUGAAAAAUAUAUAUUUUCAUGAAAUAAAGUUCAGCAUGAAGGAAUUAG